CGACUGGGUAUAGUCUGAAAGAAUGGGGGCGAAGAGAAAGAACUCCGGCGACGGCGAUGGAAGUUCGAACGGAGAUGGGAAAGAAGUCAAGAAAGCGAAAAAGAAAGAGAGUAUGGCGGAAUCAUUGCUUCCUUCGAUGAUAAAGAACAAAGAGAAGAGGUCAGAAGUCCAUGCCAAGCUUAAGCACCAGAAAAAGCUUGAGAAGCGUAAGAAGGCUAAGGCUCGUGAAGCUGCAGAGAAAAGGGCGCUGGACCUUGGAGAAGAGCCUCCACCGAAGAGUAUCCCUCGUACAAUUGAAAAUACUAGGGAGUUCGAUGAGACUAUUUGCAUGCCUGAUGAUGAAGAGCUAUUUGCUGGAAAUGAUGCGGACGAAUUCGCUCCAGUGUUGAAUCAGGAGCUGACUCCGAAGAUUCUGAUUACCACUUGCCGCUUCAAUUCAACUAGGGGGCCUGCCUUCAUAUCAGAUUUACUCUCUGUCAUCCCGAAUUCUGUCUACUACAAAAGAGGAACCUAUGAUCUCAAAAAGAUAGUAGAAUAUGCCAAAAAUAAAGACUUCAGUUUCGUUAUUGUUGUCCACACUAACCGUCGGGAACCAGAUGCUCUUUUAAUGAUCGGCUUGCCGAAUGGACCAACUGCCCACUUCAAGGUGUCAAAUCUUGUUUUGCGGAAGGAUAUUAAGAAUCAUGGCAAUCCGACCAGCCACAAUCCUGAGCUAAUAAUGAAUAACUUCACAACUCGUUUGGGACAUCGUAUUGGCAGGUUAUUUCAAUCGCUUUUCCCUCAAGAUCCCAAUUUCCGAGGUCGUCGAGUUGUGACGUUUCACAAUCAACGUGACUUUAUCUUCUUCCGUCACCACCGCUAUAUAUUUGAGACCAAAGAAAGCAAGCAGGUCUCAUCAAAAGGGAAAAAUGCUAAAACUGACAAGGAUGAGGGAAGCUCAGAGCCAAAAGUAAUAGCACGGCUUCAGGAGUGUGGUCCUCGAUUUACUUUGAAGUUACGUUCUCUACAACAUGGGACAUUUGAUUCAAAAGGAGGUGAAUUUGAGUGGGUUCACAAGCCGGAAAUGGACACUAGUCGCAGGAGGUUUUUCUUGUGAGACCUGCUUCUUGGUCAUGAUCAAUUACAACAGUUUCCAGGCAAAAGCAACGGGACCAAAUUGUGAAUGUCAUCUUAUGCUUGAUUCUUUCACAUAGUUGAUGCACCGAUUUGGUAUUUGGACAUUUUUCUAGGUGUGUGGGUUGCUGCAGGAGGGUGUAGGUGGUCUAAUAUUUAGGGUUCCGAGUUGUCUAUUUUGGAUUGAGCAGCGUUAUGUAUAUGAAUGGAAGUGCAGGGAGCUUAUUUGAGUAGGUUUUACAUUAUGUGAUGAUUAAAGAGGCGCUGAUUAUACAUGAUCAAAAAGAUAUUAGCUUUGUUGAUUUUUGUUUUUUCGGGAAGCACUGUUGAUUUUGAUUUCUUUGUCUGCAUUUGUUUAGGCUGUAUUCAUAUCAUGAUGUGGGGCUGUGCAAAUUCCUACAUAGCAUUUCUGUCUGUUUGCUUGCAAAGCAUUUUAAUAACCUUCCCUCUUUAAAAUACAAUCAACAUUUUGACAA